AUGGUAAAGAAGAUUCGUUUACGCAUGUCCUUCUAUUUCUUUCUCCAGAAUAUUCAUGCUUACAAGUCUGGCAGAUAUUUAUUCUUUCAGGCUAUAUUUGUUUACUUGUCGCUUCUAGGAGCUAUUCGCUUAGAUUCCACUGAGGAUAAGCGGAGGUCGUUCUUCUUUGGCCAGCUAGUAAAAGAAAGGGGGUUUCUGAGGCCGCUACCCGAAGUAAUGGCCAGCGUUUGGGAACGAAAGCACCCGAAUAUAUCCCGCACCGGACUCAGUACUGCCGUCCGCCUUUUCCAAACCCCAAAAAAACCUUUUUUUUUUUAG